GCUAGCGCAGAAUCGUAUCGACUGAGUUCGGAGCCGAGAGAGAAAACCAGUCAAGUUUCGACAAAAAUGGAAAUCAAUCGAACCAAUUACAACUUUGAGUCAAGGAAUAUCUUUGAAAGUAUUCAAGAGAGCUGUUUCGUUGCCAUUGAUACUGAAUUCACUGGUCUUCAUGCAACACAGGGUGAUAUCAACAGCCUGUUUGACACCCCAGCUCAGCGAUAUGAGAAGCUUAGGAGAAUGGCCAUGCAGUAUACCAUCUGCCAGCUAGGAAUAUCUGCAUUUGUCAAAGUACCAAAUAAGAAUGAGUAUGAAGCACACACAUAUAACUUUCAUCUCUUUCCAAGGAGUAUAUCCUCUGUGGAUUCCAGAUUUACAUGCCAGGCAUCAAGUAUCGAGUUCCUUUGCAAAUAUAACUUCAACUUUAAUAAGCUUUUCUAUGAAGGUCUGAGUUACCUUACAAGAGAUCAAGAAGAUGAACUGAGAAAACAAGCACAAACCAAACCUGUUCAACUUGCAAGGUAUAUGGAUGAAGAUCUGCAGAGAGAGGCACUAACAAGCAUCUCUGAAUGGUUAUCUGAAGCAGACACAGGAGGUGAACUUACGGUUGGACAAUAUGAAGAACUAGAUGGUCUUCUGUUGCAGCUUGUUAUUCAAGAAUCCUUUCCUAUUCUCAACACUCGCUUUGAUGUCAACACCACGCAACUGAAGGUGAAAGUAAUGGCAGCUGAAAACAGGGAUAGGUUGGAGGAGGACCAAGUCAAAUUAGCAAACAGGAUUGUUGAUAAACUGUUGGGGUUUACAGAAGUAUUCCGUGCCCUUGUUGAAAGUGAAAAGCCCAUUAUAGGUCACAAUCUACUCACCGAUCUGAUGCUGUUUUACGAGAAGUUCCACCGACCUUUACCACGUAGUUAUUCAUCAUUCAAGGCCCAACUUCAUGAGUUGUUUCCUAAAGUGUUUGACACAAAGUACCUGUCAUAUGAAAUGAGAAAGAAUCUAAUUGAUGCUGGCCUCCAGGUCCAAAACACAAGUCUAGGUUGCUUGCUUGAAAACCUUUCAUCGAAAGAAGGAACACUGAUUGUUCUUCAUUCUCCUCAUAUCUUCCAUGGGGAAAGGUUUGACAAAUAUGUGGACGGUGGUGUCUUGCAUGAAGCAGGUUAUGAUGCAUAUGCAGCUGGAUAUGUUUUUCUGAGGCUAGCACAUUACAUUACUGCCAAGGAUAUCAAAGUCAUGGCAAGUCGACCUCUUGACUUCAGAGAAUAUGUUUGGAAGCUAAAAGAUUACAAGGAUAAGGUCAACAUCAUCAGAGCUGCUGUAAACCAUGUGAAUCUCUCAGGUUCAGACCCACCGAGCAGGAGACCACAGUGGCUUCAUGUAACAUCUAAGAAACUAACUCAGUCAUUGGAUGGGGUUAAGCUUGCGCACAUAUUUGGUUCUUACAGCUCAGUCGAUGUUCAGGUUAUUGACAGAAGACAUGCUCUAUUAGCUGUAGCAACAUUUGGAGGAUGCAAAGAUAUCAUGAGAGCUUUCAAAGAACAUGACACUCUUUCAGUUGUCAAGUACAGCCCCUUACACCACAGCAAACGUGUUAGGAUGGGACUGUGGAGUGCCUUGAUAUUUUCUGGAGCUAUAUGUGUCUGGGCUUUCUUUGGCAACCAACCCAAACCAGCCAGAUGAUUCCACCAUACCUUAGUCAGGUGACUAACUCAUGUGGCCCAGGUCACAUGACCACCUCUUCAGAUAUUGGUGCCAGAAUGAGGCAAUGAGGGGUAGUUUUUCGACCAUUACUCCUAUGGUAAUAUCUUUGCAUCAGAUUUCUUCUUGAGUCCUCAUCUAGAAGGAGAUCUGUCUAUGACCUAAAAUUUCCACCUAAUCUUGACCAAACUUCUCUCUUUUGUUGAGUAGCAUCAUUUGAGUUCCAGGUCAGUCAUUCAGUGGCUGGUCCAGCCUGAUAAGACACAGUUCUUUUGAGAGGCUUACCAUUUUGCAAAAAAAGUAUGGCCCAUUAAAUGGUCUAAACCACCUGGAUCUGCCCCUAGUUCACUAACUGAGAGUAGGAACUUAUAUUAUUCUGAUUAUUGCAUGAAAGCUCUAUGUCCCACUAUUGAAUCAAUUGAAAUUUGGCCAGUGUAUUUCUUUAAAGCUGUUAGUAAGUUACAUUUAACUUAUAAAGUCAUGUAUAUUCUUGAUUGCUAAAUCAGAUUCUUGGUCAUAUUGAUUUCUUUCAGCUGAAUUUGAAAUGUGAUUGCUGUAGAUUAAAUGAUUGUCAUUAAAAAGGUGGUAAAUGCAAAUAUUAUUUUUGGUUGGAAUUUGAGUGGGGUUAUAGGAAAUUCAAUACUCACUCUUUGUUGAAACAUUAGGGGAAAUUUGUAGUACUGGUAUAUCAUCUCAAAAACAUGCUCCAUUCAUUUAUGGGUAAAGCCCUACAUAACUUAAAGAACAGCCUUAUGUAUCAUGUAGGUAUUGCAAGUUUUCAUCAAAGGCCAAGUCAACCUCCACAGAUUGAUCUGAUUACCUGAAAAGAAAAUGAAACAAGUGUAACCAUGAUUUUUUUCUCUUCAAAUUUUGAUGUAAGAUAAGAAGUUACGGAGUUCUAAAGUUUUGCUUAUUUAAAAUAAAAAUAUUCAUAUGCAAAUCCUGGCCUGUACUCAAAUGAGUAAGUCAAUGAUGUCACAUACCUGCUAUAAAUUUGACAUUUAUUAUGUCUUAUGAAAUAUGUCAAUUUAUACAGAUGUAGUGAUAUAGGUUUUACUGACUCACAACUAUAGUAAUUGUGAUUUUAUACAUUUCUUGUAGAAUCAAAUCAAGAUUGACAUUAUUGGAGUAAGCACUUGAUAUAUUUGAUAUUUCAAA